AGACACAACAUGUUUUGUUUUGACGGUGUAGUUGCUGGUUAUUGUCACAAAUGAUCCCUAUUUUAAGUAUCUUAACUAAUAUGAGGUGGAUAGCAAGCUCGUUUUGCAGUUAAAUUGGAAGCGAACGCUGUAGCCGCCGGUGUUUAUGGUGGGAUGUCGGUUAGCCAAAUAAUGUAACUUUAAUCAGAUGGCGACUGGCUGCUUCACAUGGUGGAACAGUUACGUUAGUUAACAAUAAAGCACUGUGUCAACCUGAUUUGCAUUUGUUAGCUAUAGGGGUUUCUGAGAAUCAACGGAGAUGUACUGCUUGGUAUCCAACUUUUGCUGAUCAGGGUGUGAACGGGUAUCCUAGUACUUCUUAUGUCAGAGGAUUUCGGAGUGAGUUAGAAGAUUUUAUUUUAAAAGAAACGACUAUGGUCAUGCAAAAGAGUCAGGUACGUGCGCAGGCUUUUAGGCUACACUUUUGACUUUCUAGUGGCAACUACAAUCCCAGCUAUAAGCUGCCUGCCUCUUCUUUGUAGAGUUACUGUGACAAAUGCUGAUGUCAAAAUGGCUUUAUAAAUACAUUUCAUUGAUAGAGAGACAUCUGAGACAGCUCAGACUUGCUGGACACACCGUUCUCUGGCAUCAUUUACAAAAUAGUCUCUAACACUCUACUCAGUAAACCGUAUGUAGUCUAUCACAAGGCCAUCCGUUUUGUCACCAAAGCCCCAUAUACUACCCACCACUGCGACGUGUAUGCUCUAGUUGGCUGGCCCUCACUACAUAUUCGUCGCCAAACCCACUGGCUCCAGGUCAUCUAUAAGUCUUUGCUAGAGGAGCUAGAUGGCUUUCCAGUUAUUCUAGUAUGUGGUGCUAAGAAUGUUGGGAAGUCCACCUUCAACCGUCACUUCAUCAGUACCUUACUAAACCACACUGCAAGUGUAGAAUACCUGGAGUGUGACCUGGGCCAGACAGAGUUCACUCCCUCAGGUUGUCUCUCCCUGUCUACUGUUAGAGAGCCACUGCUGGGUCCCCCCCUCACACACCAGUGGGCCCCAGAGCACAUGAUCUUCUAAGAAGAUGGCACCGAAGAACAUGGCUGAUGUUUUACAUUCUCCCAACUAGAGGUCGACCGAUUAUGAUUUUUCAAUGCCGAUACCGAUUAUUGGAGGACCAAAAAAGCCGAUACCGAUUAAUCGGGCAAUUUUUUGGGGGACUAUUUUUUAAAUUUGUAAUAAUGACAAUUACAACAAUACUGAAUGAACACUUAUUUUAACUUAAUAUAAUACAACAAUAAAAUAAAUUUUGCCUCAAGUAAAUAAUGAAACAUGUUCAAUUUGGUUUAAAUAAUGCAAAAACAAAGUGUUGUAGAAGAAAGUAAAAGUGCAAUAUGUGCUAUGUAAGAAAGCUAACGUUUCAGUUCCUUGCUCAGAACAUGAGAACAUAUGAAAGCUGGUGGUUCCUUUAAACAUGAGUCUUCAAUAUAGGUUGUAGUUAUUAUAGGAAUUAUAGGAAUAUUUCCCUCUAUACCAUUUGUAUUUCAUUGACCUUUGACUAUUGGAUGUUCUUUUAGGCACUUUAUUAUUGCUAGUGUAACAGUAUAGCUUCCGUCCCUCUCCUCGCUCCUCCCUGGGCUCGAACCAGCAACACAACGACAACAGCCACCAUCGAAGCAGUGUUACCCAUGCAGAGCAAGGGGAACAACUACUAGAAGGCUCGGAGCGAGUGACGUUUGAAACGCUAUUAGCGCGCACUAACUAGCUAGCCAUUUAACUUCGGUUACACCAGCCUCAUCUCGGGAGUUAAUAGGCUUGAAGUCAUAAACAGCGCAAUGCUUGACGCAUAACGAAGAGCUGCUGGCAAAACGCACGAAAGUGCUGUUUGAAUGAAUGUUUACGUGCCUGCUUCUGCCUAACCACCGCUCAGUCAGAUACUUAGAUACUUGUAUGCUCAGUCAGAUUAUAUGCAACGCAGGACACUAGAUAAUAUCAUCAACCAUGUGUAGUUAACUAGUGAUUAUGAUUGAUUGCUUUUUAUAAGAUAAGUUUAAUGCUAGCUAGCAACUUACCUUGGAUUACUGCAUUCACAUAACAGGCAGUCUCCUUGUGGAGUGCAACGAGAGAGAGUCAGAUUGUUAUUGCAUUGGACUAGUUAACUGUAAGGUUGCAAGAUUGAAUCCUCCGAGCUGACAAGGUGAAAAUCUGUCGUUCUGCCCCUGAAGAAGGCAGUUAACCCACCGUUCCUAGGCCGUCAUUGAAAAUAAGAAUGUGUUCUUAACUGACUUGCCUAGUUAAAUAAAGGUUAAAAAUAUAUAUAAUUAAUCGGCGCCCAAAAAUACCGAUUUCCGACUUAUGAUAAGCUGUAGACCACACUAUCUACCAAGAGAGUUCUCUAUAUUAUUUGUAGCCGUCUAUUUACCACUACAGAACGAAGCUGGCACUAACACCGCUCUCAACUAAAUCUAUAAGGCCAUAAGCAAAGAAGAAAAUGCUCACCCAGAAGCGGCGCUCCAAGUGGGUGGGGACUUUAAUGCAGGCAAACUUAAAUCAGUUUUACCACAUUUUUACCUGUGCAACCAGAGGGAAAGAAAUCCUAGACCACCUUUACUCCACACACAGAGAUGCAUACAAAGCUCCCCCCGCCCCUCUAUUUGGCAAAUCUGACCAUAAUUAUAUCCUCCUGAUUCCUGCUUAGAAGCAAAAACGAAAGCAGGAAGUACCAGUGACUCGCCCAAUAUGGAAGUGGUCAGAUGACAUGGAUGGUACAUUACAGGACUGUUUUGCUAGCACAGACUGGAAUAUGUUCCGGUUUUUAUCCAAUGGCAUUGAGGAGUACACCACCUCAGUCAUUGGCUUCAUCAAUAAGUGCAUUGUCGACGUUGUCCCCACAGUUACCGUAUGUACAUAUCCCAACCAAAAGUCAUGGAUUACAGGCAACGUCCGCAUCGAGUUAAAGGCUAGCGCUGCCGCUUUCAACCAGCGGGAGACUAAUCCGGAUGUUUAUAAGAAAUCCCGCUAUGCCCUCCGACGAACCAUCAAACAAGCAAAGUGUCAAUACAGGUUUAAGAUUGAAUCGUACUACACUGGCUCUGACGCUCGUCGGAUGUUGCAGGGCUUGAAAACUAUUACAGACUACAAAGGGAAACCCAGACACGAGCUGCCCAGUGAAGCGAGUCUACCAGAUGAGCUAAAUGCCUUUUUAUACUAGCUUCGAGGCAAACAACACUGAAGCAUGCAUGAGAGCACCAGCUGUACUGGAUGACUGUGUGAUAACACUCUCGGUAGCCGAUGUGAACAAAACCUUUAAACAGGUCAAGAUUCACAAAGCCGCUGGGCCAGAUGGAUUACCAGGACGUGUACUCAAAGCAUGCGCGGACCAACUGUCAAGUAAGACACUUGACACUGACAUUUUCAACCUCUCCCUGACCAAGUCUGUAAUAGCAACAUGUUUCAAGCAGACCACCAUAGUUCCUGUGCCCAAGGAAGCGAAGGUAACCUGCCUAAAUGAUUACCGCCCGUAGCACUCAUGUCGGUAGCCAUGAAGUGCUUUGAAAGGCUGGUCAUGGCUCACAUCAACAGCAUCUGAUUUGUAUACCGCCCCAACAGAUCCACAGACGAUGCAAUCUCAAUCGCACUCCACACUGCCCUUUCCCACCUGGACAAAAGGAACACCGAUGUGAGAUUGCUGUUCAUUGACUACAGCUCAGCGUUCAACACUCAUAGUGCCCUCAAAGCUCAUCACUAAGCUAAGGACUCUGGGACUAAACACCUCCCUCUGCAACAGGAUCCUGGACUUCCUGACGGGCCGCCCCUAGGUGGUAAGGGUAGGCAACAACACGUCUGCAACGCUGAUCCUUAACACUGGGGCCCUUCAGGGAUGUGUACUUAGUCCCCUCCUGUACUCCCUGUUGACCCAUGACUGCGUGGCCAAACACGAUUCCAACACCAUCAUUAAGUUUUCAGACGACAACGAUGAGCCAGCCAAUAGGGAAGAGGUCAGAGAACUGGCAGUGUGGUGCCAGGACAACAUCCUCUUCCUCAAUGUGAGCAAGACAAAGUAGCUGAUCUUGGACUUCAGGAAAAGGCAUACCGAAUAGGCCCCCAUUAACAUGGGCUGUAGUGGAGCGGGUCGAGAGUUUCAAGUUCCUUCGCGUCCACAUCACCAAUGAACUAUCAUGGUCCAGACACAACAAAACAGUUGUGUAGAAGGCACGACAAAACCUUUUCCACCUCAGGAGACUGAAAAGAUUUGGCAUUGGUCCCCGAUCCUCAAAAGGUUCUACAGCUGCACCAUCGAGAGCAUCCUGACUGGUUGCAUCACCACCUGUUAUGGAAUCUGCUCGGCAUCUGACCGUUAGGCGCUACAGAGGGUAGUGCGUACGGUCCAGUACAUCACUGGAGCCAAACUUCCUGCCAACCAGGACCUAUAUUUUAUUUGAUUUCACCUUUAUUUAACCAGGUAAGCUAGUUGAGAACAAGUUCUCAUUUGCAACUGCGACCUGGCCAAGAUAAAGCAUAGCAGUUCCACACAUACAAAUAUAAUAGGCGGUGUCAGAGGAAAGUGCAUAAAAUUGUCAGAGACUCCAGUCACCAAGAUUAGACUGUUUUCACUGCUACCGCACGGCAAACCGUACCGGAGCGCCAAGUCUUGGACCAAAAGGCUCCUCAACAGCUUACCCCCAUGAUAUAAGACUGCCAAACAAUUAAUAAGCCCCCCCCCGGUACCCCCUGUAUAUAGCCUCAUUAUUCUUGUGUUACUAUUUUAUUUUUUACUUGAGUCUUUUGUAAAUAUUUCCUCGCCAUUUUCUUAACUCUUGAACUGCACUGUUGGUUAAGGGUUUGUAAGUAAGCAUUUCACGGUAAGGUCUACACUUGUAUUCGGCGCAUGUGACAUAUACAGUUUGAUUUGAUUCUAUGGCCAGUUGUCCUGUGAAACAGACCUGGACCGCUAUCUGGAGUCUCAACUCCCUGUGGCGCUUGUAUAACAGAGAUGCCCAUAGUCAUCAACACAAUGGGCUGGGUCAAAGGUCACGCCAUAUUCUUGGCAACCUGGGGAAAAAACAGCUACAUUUGUCCCAAGCUGCCAUGUUCAUGUUUCACCCAAUCCUCAAAAAGGAGGGAAACAAGCACACAUGUCAACAAAUAAAUAAUGCAUAGUAAUAAUGCGUAGUAAUUAAUACUUUUUUGUUGUUGAAUUCUUCAUACUGACCUGUUGACAUGUGUCUGCCUCUUCAGGUUUUGGCUUUCAGUUGCUGGUGGACAUCAUUUGCCUCUGCUCCGUCUCUCACGUGGUGCAGCUCAGUAGUGGGGAUAAAGUCAUGUGCCCCCAACUCACCCCUGAGGUCAUCACAUGGCUGGCAGACACACCCUCCUGCCCAGUCAGCCCUGGGGGAGGGCAACUCUGAAUCCCAUCCUCUCCAGUGGAGAUACUCUAUUCAGUAUUCACCCAGAGUUUGAAGGUGUGGGGCGCCCGGGCGAAAUGUGUCCUUUGGGGGUGUGGACAUGGCACGUGAUCUGUACACCUGUAGCUCCCUCAGUCCUCCGUCAGGUCAACGGUCUUCUGUUGUGUGCUGUCACACUGCCCAACAUCCUCCUCACAGGACAGACAAGAAUUGUGGGAGAGCCUCCCUACGUCACAAUAGACUACAACUUUGAGCUAACCGGGGCUGGGAAGAUUCACGUCUUCAAGGGGCUUGCAAGACCUGACCAGAUGAAUAACGCAAAGUGAUUGUUUUUGUGAGAAGAGACUAUGGUUUCACAGCAAGAAAUCUGAUUUUUUUUUACCUUCCUUGUUUACUGACUUUAAACACCAAGGCCAGAGUCUCUCUUUCCCUUGCUUUCUCUUAUCGCUCCUGUUUCAUCAGAAGUUGGAAAUAGGCCUAAAUAAAACAAUUUCAUGUC